AUGACAUCCACCGCAAUCGAACAGCGCACUGCGCUUCAGCGCAACCUGACGACCGACUCGUCCGUCGCCAGUUCUGCAUCGGUGUCUCCAAUUGACAGCCCGCGUCAAUCCCCGUCCUCGACCUCUUUGUCUUCGAUGGCUUCAGAGGCGGAGACGAAGCCGAAGCCGAAGUCCAAGAUGCUCGACACGUACGGCAACGAAUUCGAGCUCCCGGACUACACGAUCAAGGAUAUCCGUGAUGCUAUCCCGCCUCAUUGCUAUGAGCGCUCCGCAAUCAAGGGGUUGUACUAUGUCGGGAGAGAUUGUGCCUUGAUGGCGACCACCUUCUACAUUUUCCACAACUAUGUGACCCCGGAAACGGUGCCGUACAUGCCCCUUCGCGUCGUCCUGUGGACCCUGUACACCGUCCUGCAGGGUCUCUUUGGUACCGGAUUGUGGGUGUUGGCCCAUGAAUGUGGCCACCAGGCCUUCUCGACGUCCAAGGUCCUCAACGACACCGUCGGCUGGAUCUGCCAUUCGUUUUUGCUCGUCCCCUAUUUCUCCUGGAAGAUCUCGCACGGCAAGCACCACAAAGCCACCGGCAACAUCAGCCGUGACAUGGUGUUCGUCCCCAAGACCAGGGAGCAGUAUGCCUCUGCUAUCGGCAAAGCCGCUCACGAGCUGUCGGAGCUGAUGGAGGAGACCCCCUUUCUGACUGCCACCAAUCUGGUCCUGCAGCAGCUCUUCGGCUGGCCCAUGUACCUCCUCACUAAUGUCACCGGCCACAACAACCACGAACGCCACCCCGAGGGACGCGGAAAGGGCAAGAGGAAUGGUUAUUUCGGAGGCGUCAACCACUUUGAUCCCAACAGCCCUCUGUAUGAGUCCAAGGAUGCUCAUCUCAUCGUUUUGAGUGACUUGGGACUCCUCCUCAUGGGCUGCGUGCUCUAUUAUAUUGGAUCGAACUUUGGCUGGGUCAAUCUCCUCGUUUGGUACGGUCUGCCUUAUCUCUGGGUGAACCACUGGCUUGUCGCCAUCACCUACCUGCAGCACACCGACCCGACUCUCCCUCACUAUGAACCCGAGGUCUGGAACUUCACUCGUGGUGCAGCUGCCACCAUCGACCGCGACUUUGGCUGGGUUGGCCGUCACCUUUUCCACGGCAUCAUCGAAACCCAUGUUCUGCACCAUUAUGUGAGCACCAUCCCAUUCUACCAUGCUGAUGAGGCGAGCGAGGCCAUCAAGAAGGUGAUGGGCAAGCACUACCGCAGCGAAGCGCACACCGGCCCUCUGGGUUUCUUCAAGGCGCUCUGGACCAGCUGCCGUGUAUGCCAGUGGGUUGAGCCCACGGAGGGUGCCGAGGGUGAAAGCAAAGGUGUCCUGUUCUACCGCAACAGGAACGGACUUGGUGUUCCCCCGGCCAAGAUCCCCCCGCCUUCUUCUUGA